UUGUGUGACUGUGAAGCGAGGUUAUCCAUCUCCCUUCCACAGUAGACCAAUCAGGCAAUCCAGAAGGCACUAAGGCACGAGCACCAAGACUUAGAUUCCACUGUAAGGGUUCUCUUGUUUCGUCUGCUUAGUCAGUCAGCCAGUCACACGUACAGUCGCUACCCACCCUUUUUUGAAAGUUAGACAUGGGGAACACCUCUGGAUGCACUGUGGAUGACCUCCAGGCCGUGGAGAUGCACCUCUGGUACAAGAAGUUCAUGAUCGAGUGUCCUUCAGGUCAGCUCACGAUGCACGAGUUCAAGCAGUUCUUCGGGCUCCGGGGCCUAGACCCUGAGGCCACCGCCUACAUCGAGCAGAUGUUUCGCACUUUUGACAUGAACAAGGAUGGCUACAUAGACUUCAUGGAGUACGUGGCUGCCCUGAGUCUUGUGAUGCGGGGUAAAAUGGAGCACAAACUGCGCUGGUACUUCAAGCUCUACGACGUGGAUGGCAAUGGCUGCAUUGACCGACAUGAACUUCUCAACAUCAUAAAGGCCAUUCGUGCAAUUAAUGGAAACGACACCCAGGAGAUCUCGGUCGAGGAAUUCACCAACCGUGUGUUUGAUAGGAUCGAUAUUAAUGGAGAUGGGGAGCUUUCACUGGAAGAGUUUGUGGCGGGCGCUCGAACCGAUGAUGAGUUCAUGGAGGUGAUGAUGAAGAGUUUAGACCUUGCACACAUAGUGGCCAUGAUCCACAAUCGCAGACACAGUGUUUGAGGAGCUUUGCCAUCUUUGAAACCUUAAAAUAAUGUUCCAAAAUCGUUUCAGUGGUUCAUCAACUCAUAACAGGGUUAACGGCACUUCUGCAUUCGCUUUGCGACCCUAUAUCGGCUAUAACCGUACUAUGCAAGUUUGCCAGAU